AGUGAUAUUUCCGGAUGGCACAGAGGCUGGACAGGGACAAGUUUGCGAAGCUGGUGCGAGCUUGCAGCGACGCGAAAGACCUCGCAAGAGGCAAGCGCGUCCAUGCGCAUAUCUUGGACAGCGGCGGGGGUGGCGUAGUACAGGAUAGUUUCCUCGCCAACUUGCUCGUGCAAAUGUACGGGAAAUGCGGGUGCCCGGAUGACGCACAGCGGGUGUUCGAGGAGAUAAAUCCCAAGAACGCGUACUCGUGGUCUUGCAUGAUGACGGCCUUGGCGAGCAACGGGUAUCUCGGUGACGCCAGGGUAAUGUUUGAGAGCAUGCCGCAACGGAACGUCUCGGCGUGGAACAACAUCCUUGCAGCGCACGCACAGAAGGGGUACUUGGUCGAGGCCAGGGGAUUUAUGGACAGGAUGCCCGAGUGGAACGUGGUGACGCUCAGCUUUAUGGUGAACGCGUAUGCCCAGAACGGUCAUCUUUCGGAGGCCGAGAGAGCUUUCGCCAUGAUGCACGAACCGGACGUGGUGGCAUGCACGAAGAUGGUAAUGGCGUAUGGUCAGGCUGGCCGGGUGGCCGAUGCCAAGGCUGUUUUUGACAGGGCCGGGGCGAAGGAUGUUAUCGCGUGGAACGCGAUGCUUUCGGCCUACGUUGAGAACGGGCUCUUGCGAGAGGCGAGAGCUUUGUUCGACUUUAUGCCUGGACGGACGGUGGUGUCGUGGACGGCAAUGGUUGAAGCCAGUUACCGCGGUGGGAGGUUUGAGGAAGCCCAGGAGCUCUUUGGUGGCAUGCCCGAGCUGAGCGAGGUCUCUCUCACUGUUAUGAUCGAGGCUUACGCUCAAAACGGCCAGCUGCAGCGAGCCAGAGGCAUUUUCGAGGCCAAGGCCGAGUCUCGUAACGUCGUCUCUUGGACUGCGAUGCUGACGGCCUAUGCGGACAAUGAAGACUUCGACAGCGCGAGGAUGGUGUUCGAGGUAAUGCCGCAGCGGAGCAUCAUCUCCUGGAACUGCAUGAUCAGGGCGCUCGUUCACCACAGCGGGAACCUCGACCAGGUUCGCGAGUUUUUCAACAGCAUGCCAGAACGCACCGUUGUCUCCUGGAACUUCUUUCUGCUAGCGAACUCUCGGGCUGGGCAGAUCUCGAAGAUAAAGAGUGCCUUCGACGUAAUGCCGAUGAGGAACACGAUCUCGUGGAUCACUUUGCUACAUGCCUAUGCCGAGGGAGGACUUCUGGAAGAAGCCAGCAGCCUCUACGAGAACUUUCCCGAGCACAACUCCGUCUCGAGGACAGUGAUGCUGGUGUUCUACGCUCAGUAUGGCCAGCUCGAGGAGGCAAGAACCGUCUUCUCCUGCAUUGAAGAGCCGGACUUAGUGUCCCAGAACGCAAUGGUGGCGGCUUAUGCUCACAACGGGAGGAUGGAAGAAGCAAAGGAGCUCUUUGACAGUAUGCUCGAGAGGGAUGUGGCAACUUGGAACUCGCUCAUCGGCGGAUAUGCCCACAGCGGGCAUACGAGCCCGAGCUCGAGCGAGGGGCACACGGCCGACACCAGCGAAGAGCAUUUGCUAUGCCGAAACGCUCUGGAGAGCUUCCAUGCAAUGCUCGUCGAAGGCCUCCGACCAAACUCUAUAUCCUUCAUGAGCAUUCUCGUGGCGUCCAGCCACUUGGGACUCCUCGACACGGGCGUCCAAUACUUCCAGUCCAUGAGUAGCGACCACGGCUUGCAACCGAGCAGCGAUCACUACCAGUCUGUGGUGAGCCUCCUGGGACGGACGGGAGAGCUCGACGCCGCCGAAGAACUCAUCGACUUCCAGGCUGCCGGGUGCUCGGGCUUUCUAGAGGUGGCUCUCGGAAGCCUCCUCGGCGCGUGCAAGACUUACAGAGACGUGGAACGGGGGGCUCGGGUAGCACACAGGCUGUUUGAGCUGGAGCCGCGCAACGCUUCUCCUUACGUACUCCUGGCCAGCUUGUACGCUUCUCUCGGCAUGGAGAGCGACGUCCAGGCCGUGAGGAGGCUCAUGAAGGACAGGAACGUCGUGAAGCAGCCAGGGAUUAGCUUGAUAGAGAUCGACAGGAAGCUCCACAAGUUCACGGUCGGGGACACGAGCCACGUACGAAACCAGGAAAUUCGUCGCGAGCUUGGAAGGCUCCAUGAGUUGGUGGUGAAACAAGGAUACGUCCCGGACACCAGGGAGGUGCUUCAUGAUGUUUGCGAGGAGCAAAAGCGGAGGCUCCUGCUCAACCACAGUGAGAAGUUGGCGAUUGCAUUUGGAGUGAUCUCCACUGCUCCCGGGACGACGAUAAGGAUUCUAAAGAACCUGCGGGUGUGCUCCGACUGCCAUGCAGCAGCCAAGCUCAUGUCUAAGGUGACGAGAAGGAAGAUUGUCGUCCGGGAUUGCCAUCGUUUUCACCACUUCGAAGAGGGGAAGUGUUCCUGCCGAGAUUUUUGGUGAUCUUUUUAAGUAAAACAAUUAAAUAUAGUUUAAAACUUAUUUACUUU